AUGACAAAAAGUGAAUAUUUGAGAUUAAAUGGUGAAUUAAAUUUCGAUUUUAAAUCCCGUCGAUCAGUAGUUUAUGGUACACAUGGUAUUGUAUCAUCAUCUCAACCAUUAGCUUGUCAAGCUGGUUUAGAAAUUUUACGUAAAGGUGGAAAUGCCGCUGAUGCAGCUGUUGCUACAGCAGCUGCACUUAAUGUAACUGAACCAUGUUCAUGUGGAAUUGGAGGAGAUUGUUUUGUUUUAUUUUAUAAUAGUAAAACAAAACAAGUUUCAUCUUUAAAUGGUAGUGGACAUAGUCCAAAAAAUUUAACUUUAAAAAAAAUUCGAGAAACAGGAAUUCAUGGAAAAAGUAUUCCUUAUGAUAAUUUAAAUUCAGUUACUGUUCCAGGUGCUGUUGCUGCUUUUAUUGAUACACUUGAAUUAUUUGGUUCGAAAAAAGUUUCAUUAAAUGAAGUACUUACACCUGCUAUUAAUUUAGCUGAACAAGGAUAUCCUGUUUCAGAAAUUGUUUCCAAUAGUUGGAUACGUUCAGAAAAUUUACUUAAAGAAGCAUCAAAUAAUGGAAAUGAUAUGCUUAGAAAUGGCAAAGCACCUAAACCAGGAGAAAUUAUGACAAUGCCAUAUCUUGCAAAAACAUUACGAGAAAUUGUUAAAAAAGGUCGAGAUGGAUUUUAUAAAGGAUAUGUUGCAGAAGCAAUUGUUCAAUUAAUACAAAGUAAAGGUGGUUUUAUGACACUUGAAGAUUUAGAAGAACAUCAAUCAACACCUGUUCAACCUAUUUCAAUUUCAUAUAAUAUUGAUAAUAUUGAACCUGUUAGAAUUUGGGAAUGUCCACCAAAUGGACAAGGUAUUGUUGCUCUUAUGGCUAUUGGAAUAUUAGAACAAAUGCAAAAACAAAAGAAAAUUUCUUCAUUAGAAAAACUUGAACAUAAUUCAGCUGAAUAUCUUCAUGCUCUUAUUGAAGCACUUCGUUUAGCAUUUUCUGAUGGAUCUUAUUUUGUAAGUGAUCCAGAUAUUACAGAUGUACCUGUUGAACAAUUAUUAUCAUCAGAUUAUUUAUCUAAACGUGCUGAAAGUUUUCAUCCAACAUGUGUUAAUAAAAAUUUAAAACAUGGAAAACCAGUAAAUUCUUCUGAUACAGUUUAUUUUAGUGUAACUGAUUCCGAAGGAAAUGCUUGUUCAUUUAUUUUUUCUAAUUAUACUGGUUUUGGAUCUGGUGCUAUACCAGAUAAAUGUGGUUUUACAUUACAAAAUCGUGGAUGUGGUUUUGUAUUAGAAGAAGGACAUCCAAAUUGUCUUGAAGGUAGAAAACGUCCUUAUCAUACAAUUAUUCCUUCAAUGAUAACUUAUGAAAAUGGAGAUUUAUUAGCAUCUUAUGGUGUUAUGGGAGGUUUUAUGCAACCACAAGGUCAUGUACAAGUAUUUUGUAAUAUGUUACAUUAUAAAAUGAAUGUUCAAACUGCACUUGAUGCUCCUCGAUUUUGCAUUGGUCCAAAUAUUCCAAAUGGUACAGAUGAAAAUUGUGAAAGUGAAGUAUUUAUUGAAGAUGGAAUUUGUGAAGAAGUUUUAGAAAAACUCAAAUCAUUUGGUCAUCAUAUUACAUUAGUUAAAGGACCUGAUCGUGCAAUGUUUGGUCGUGGUCAAAUUAUUUUUAAAGUACCAAAUGAUGAGGAUAGAUUAGUUUGGGCAGCAGGUUCUGAUCCAAGAGCAGAUGGACACGCUGUUGGAUGGUAA